AUGGAAACGGGAAGUAGGUGGUGGUGCAUGAUGGUUUUCACCAUUAUCUCUGUGCCGAUAAUAGCAAUAUCGUUGUUCCUCGGAGCUACGGUGAAAGAAGUUGAUAGCACAGAGGCCGUCACGGGCUUGCUUCGGACGGAUUCCCGGUGGAUCGUCGGCCAAGAUGGGCGGAGGGUGAAGCUGGCGUGUGUGAAUUGGGUUUCCCACUUGGAGGUGGCGGUGGCGGAAGGGCUGAGCAAAAAGCCCGUGGAUGAGAUUUCCAAGGGAAUAAAGUCCAUGGGCUUCAACUGCGUCAGGCUCACUUGGCCCACACUUUUGGCCACCAACGACUCUCUGGCUUCUCUCACCGUUAGAAGCUCCUUUCUGAGGUUCGGCCUCCUUGAAUCCGUCGCCGGUGUCCAAACCAACAACCCCUCCAUCGUCGAUCUUCCCCUCCUCCAAGCUUUUCAGGCAAGUCAACUAAUAAUUAUUUCUUACCUAAUUCCGUUACUUCCUAAUGAUUAA